UGUAUGGUGGCAAGUUCCACAAUAUGUUGAAGCUUUCUUUUCAUGAUGGUUGUAUAGGUUGCUCUUGCAAACUCCUGUUCAAAUGCAUCUCCAGGUCUUCAGGAGAGGGCUGCUGGCGCUUUGUGGGGAUUGUCAGUAUCAGAAGCAAAUAGCAUUGCUAUUGGACGAGAAGGAGGAGUUGCACCUCUGAUAGCACUUGCAAACUCGGAGUGUGAAGAUGUUCAUGAGACUGCUGCUGGAGCUCUUUGGAAUCUUGCUUUCACUCCUGGUAAUGCUCUUCGAAUAGUGGAGGAAGGGGGGGUUCCGGCCCUUGUUCAUCUUUGUUUUAAAUCAGCAUCUAAAAUGGCACGCUUCAUGGCUGCGUUGGCAUUGGCAUACAUGUUUGAUGGCAGAAUGGAUGAAUUUGCACUGGUAGGAACUUCAUCGGAAAGCAUAUCUAAAAGUGUUAAUUUAGAUGGGGCUAGGAGGAUGGCUCUGAGGCAUAUUGAAACUUUUAUCCUCACAUUUUCUGAUCCACAUACAUUUGCUGCUGCUGCUGCAUCAUCAGCCCCUGCAGCUUUGGCACAAGUAACUGAAUCAGCUCGUAUUCAGGAGGCAGGUCAUCUCAGAUGCAGUGGAGCUGAGGUUGGCAGAUUUGUGGCUAUGCUACGAAAUCCUUCUUCCAUACUCAAGGCGUGUGCUGCAUUUGCCCUUCUCCAGUUCACCAUCCCGGGUGGCCGUCACGCAGUACACCACGUGGGCCUUUUGCAGAAUGCUGGAGCACCACGGGUUCUGCGUGCUGCAGCUGCGGCAGCAACUGCUCCACUUGAAGCCAAAAUCUUUGCAAGAAUUGUACUUCGCAACCUAGAACACCACCAGAUAGAACUUCAAUCUAAAGAGUAGUUAUGGUUGUUAGAAAGACUAUCUCAACCAGACUUGUCAACGGAAGCAGCAUUUCAGCUUUGAUUAGAUUUCCAUGGGUUGGACAGAAGCUUAAAGAACCGCAGGAAAAAUAUGUUUUGCUCUGUGAUUUUAGGUGCCGCACAUAGGUUUGUGUGAUUUUUUUCUUCCUUUUUUCUGUUUAAUCAUAAACGUGAUUAUAUAAGAAAAAAAACAUGAACAUGAUAAAAGGUGGUUUUGUUGAGUGACGGUUUAAAGACCAGCUUUUUGCCUUUUUUUUUUUUUUGGUUUUUUUUUUUUUUUAUAUUCAUUGUGACAAUCUUCUGUAAAAUCGUAUAUUUGGAGCCUUUUUGUUUUUUCUUUUUUUUUUUUUGGGUGUGGCUUUGGCUUUGUUUGGUAACCGUUGUUAGAGAAUUUUGAUAAGCAUUAUCAGAUAAAUAUGUAUACUCUAUGCUUAAUGCUGAAUUAUGAAAGUUGAAUUAGAUCAGCUGGAUUAAGCUUAGCUUCUUUU